AUGCAUAAGAAUAGAAUUUGCCAAUUGGUAUCAAUCCUUGUUGGAUUGUUAUUAGUUGCAGGUGGUAUCAUUAUAUGGUACGUGGUCAAUGAUGCCAUACACAACACAGUGUACAAGGCCACAAGAGCCCUGCCAGACAAUGGCCUCGACUCAAGCAUCAACCCAUGGACCCGUUUCCUCACCAACAAGGGCGAUCCCGACAACCAGCGUUCCUACCAAUUCAACGUCUACAACUUGACCAACCCCGCCCAGUUCUUGGCCGGCGCCAACCCCAUCUACCAGGAGGUCGGUCCAUACACCUACGCCUCGCUCUUUGAGAACUGGACGUCGAUCUGCUCGAGGGCGAUACCAAGGUCACCUACAAGUACUGGAAGAACUACGUGCAGACGGUGCCUAUCCCCGAGGGGCUUCCGUGAUGCCAACACCGACACCAUCUACCACUUCAACCUUGCCUACCAGACCAUCGUCAACAAGGCUGGCGGCGAGAGAGCCCUGUCUGUCGGAGUCACCGCCAGCAUCAUGGCCCAGUACUGGGCCGGUGUCAUGGCCAACAACGCCACCAUCACCAGCGCUGCCAACGGUGUCACCACCAUCCACAGAAUCGGAGAGGCCGUCGGUGCCAACUUGAUGGCCCAGGGUGGUUCACUCGACGCUGUCUGCACUAACGUUUGGUUGCAGGAUGCCACCGCUUCAACUGGUGACUUCCCAAUUGGAAGCAAGACUACAUUGAACGUAACCCAAUGCAGGACUCUCUUGAUGAUGAUGCCAAUAGGCGCUCCAGUCUCAUACGGAUUCUUCAACAAGAACCCCGCCGAGCUCAUGAUGUUGCUGCAGGCUGUCGGUGGCUCUCCCGCUGCCCUCAAGGGACUUGCCGCUGGUUACUCCCAAUAUGGUAUCACUGAGGCCGACACAAACCUCAUUGUGGCCUACGUCAGAGGUCUGAUGAUCAACACCGUUAUGAACCCAGCUUACAACACCAAGUUUGCACAGUACACCGGUUGCUCAGACUGCACUCUCGCACCACCAUCAGUCGACUCUGUCUUUGCUCAGUUCGCUCUCCAGGGUGGUUACUUGGGCACCUCGAUCAACAACAUCGCCCCAACUGGUCUGCCCGCUGCUCCAGAAUACGGAGUGAUGAUGAAUAGUAGCAUCCCAGUCGCCAGCGCCAAGAUCCUGAUGAACAAGGCCAGCACAUUCAACCUUGUGACCCAGCAGGGUCUCGGAGGAAUCCUCACUUUAGCGGCUGCCGAUAACUAUGAACCAAUCAUGGCUGUCACUCAACUGGACAAGGAUCAGACCAAAUCUGUCGUUGCCUACAUCAAUACCUUCAUCAGCACCAUCACCGUGCCAACCCUCAGAGCCAAGGGCGUCGGCAUCAUCGGCAAGCACACUGUCACCCAGUUCCUCUUCAACAUGACCGAUCCAAUGCUCCAAAUGCUCUUCCCCACCGACCCAUCGAUGUGGAGCAGCAACAUGGUGUCCACCAUCCUCGACAAGGAGAUCGCCAGACAGACCAUCAUCCCAGACAUCAGCUGGACUGGAAAGGCCGACACCAACAUGGUGCUCGCCCCAAUCACCUACAAGGGAGACACUGUCGUCGUCUACAAGGACAACAUCACCGUCACUGGUAACGCCCCAGAGCAACUCGGACCAUACUUCCUGGCUGAGCACGACAACCCCCAGGUUCGCGUCUUCUCCAGCGACUACGUCCGUACCCUGCACUUGACCAAGGUCGAGAGCGGUGCCCUCUCCGGUCUGCCAUACUACCGCUACCGCGUCCACCCAGAGACCUACGAUGUCAACGAGCAGUACUUCACCUCGAUCCCAUACCUGUUGAACAUCUCCUCCGUCGUCCAGAAGCCAGUGUACAUCACCAGACCACGUCUCCAGGGUCUGGCCCCAGGCUACUUUGCCAAGGCCGGUCUCAGCGACUUCAUCUACAACGCACCAGACAAUGAUGUCUACGUCGACUACGAGCCACGCACAGGCAAGGCCAUCAACGGACGUUACUCCAUCCAGAUCAACGCCUACAUCCCAGGCGGCUGCCCAGCCAGCGGUUACUCGCCAAGCUUCAUCUCGGCCAACGUCACCUGUGACGUCGUCCACCCAAUGUUCUGGGGCAAGAACGAGGUCAUUGCCAAGCCCAACCAGAUCGACGCCAUCCUGCUCGCCUACAAGAUUGACGCCGUUCGUUACGCCCUGACCAUCCUCCUGAUUGCCGGUGGUGGCUUCCUCAUUCUCGGAGCCGUCGGUCUCUUCCUCUUUGAGCACGUGAAGGAGAAGAUCUUGUAA